AUGGAAAUCAUAACGAAGAGGUUCUACUCGAACCUUUUCCGUUCAUCAACUCCUAUGUCAAGCCCGAUCAUCCCCACUGGCGAAGCUCCACCACGGAUUCUCCAUUCGGAAGUACGAGUCGCUAUCAAGAGCAUGAAACCUGGCACAGCCCCCGGACCUGAUUUUAUAUCAGCAGACUUUCUUCGGGCUGGUGGCCAUCCGCUUCAUGCAAUCUUAGCAGCGCACAUGACAUCCUACCUUCAGAAAGAAAGCAUCCCAGACCAGUGGAAGACCUCGCGAACCGCUCUUAUCUAUAAGAAAGGUGACCGAGAGGACCUUCGGAACUACCGUCCGAUAUGCUUGCUGAGCGUGUUAUACAAAGUAUUCACCAAGAUCAUCCUCACCCGCAUAUCUAGGACGCUGGAUGAAGCCCAGCCUCAAGAACAAGCUGGAUUCCGCCAGGGGUUCAGCUGCUUAGACCACAUCCAGACCGUGUCGAGGGUCAUAGAGGUUUGCCGGGAAUACCGCCUGCUCCUUGUUCUAACCUUCGUCGACUAUGAGAAAGCCUUUGACAGCGUAGAAACGAAUGCAAUACUGUCAGCGCUGGUCGAUCAAGGUGUGGACGCGUCGUAUGUGAGGACAUUAGCCAAUUGCUACGAACGAUGCACGACUAGAAUACAGCUUUUCCACCGCCCUCUCACCAUACCCAUUGGAAAGGGGUACGACAAGGCGAUACUAUAUCGCCGAAGCUGUUCACAACUGCAUUGCAAUGGAUAA